GAUCUGGGAAGCGCGCGUUGUCCGAAGGUAGCUAGGAGUUGGUCGAUCAGCAUGUCCUCCCCCUCUCUCCGCCUGUGUACCUUCAGGACAUGCAGGGCUUCCUCAAAAGAGCAGGUCCGCACCCUCGCCACACACGCGAGCCUCCCCAGCAAGGACUGCUCGUCCAUUACUCCGCCCUAUGCUCAGCUGCAGCACAAGCUCAAGGCCGUCCGAGAGAUCCUUGGAGGGCGGUCCUUGACACUCGCUGAGAAGAUUCUCUACAGCCAUAUCCACAGUCCACAAGAGACCCUCGCGGAUGGGAAGAUUGUGCGCGGGGAGACGUACCUCCAGCUCAGACCAGAGCGGGUAGCGAUGCAGGAUGCUUCUGCACAGAUGGCACUGUUGCAGUUCAUGAGUGCUGGCAUGUCACGAUGCGCCGUUCCCGCGAGCAUCCACUGUGAUCAUCUCAUCCGGGCAGAAUCUGGUGCGGAGAAGGACCUCGAGAAAUCCAUAGUCAACAACAAGGAAGUCUUUGACUUUCUGGAGAGUGCUGCUCGCAAAUAUGGCAUCGAGUUCUGGAGGCCUGGCUCUGGCAUUAUCCACCAGAUCGUGCUGGAGAACUAUGCUGCACCUGGUAUGCUCAUGCUUGGUACAGACUCGCACACGCCCAAUGCUGGCGGACUUGGCAUGCUCGCCAUUGGUGUCGGUGGUGCUGACGCCGUCGACGCUUUGACUGGUACACCAUGGGAGCUGAAGGCUCCUCAAAUUGUUGGCAUCAAGCUCACCGGCGAGCUCACUGGCUGGGCGACUCCCAAGGAUCUCAUUCUUCAUCUUGCAGGCAAGCUCAC